CAUCCUCCUUUCGCGUUUCUUCGAUUUAAUUUGAUGAGAUUUUCUAGAGAUUAAUCCUUAAUCUCUUCCAGUUUCUGGAAUUCUGCUACACAUUUUGCCUGCAAUGGCUGAUCAGGUACAUUCUCGCGACUCGCCGCCGUCUCCAGGGGCUCGGCCGCCAUCGCCGCUUCCCGCAAAAUCGGCCCCUUCGCCGGGAACAUACGUCAUCCAGGUCCCGAAGGACCAAAUAUACCGCUACCCUCCGCCGGAUAAUCCCCGCCGCUCGAGGUCAAUUGCGGCUCGGAAGCGUCGCCGCGGGUGCUGCUGCCGCUGCCUCUGCGUUACUCUCUGCUUCUUCGUGGCCCUCCUCUUCGCCCUCGCCAUCGCCGCCGGCGUCUUCUACCUCGUCGUCCGGCCGGAAUCGCCGAAUUACAGCGUCUCUGCCGUUGCAAUCAAGGGGCUGAACGCGACGUCGGAGUCCCCGAUUUCGCCGGAAUUUGACGUCACUGUCCGGUCUGAAAACCCUAAUGACAAAAUCGGGAUUUAUUACAGGCCGGGGAGCUCUGUCACGAUUUCUUAUUCCGGCGUUGAGCUAGGUUACGGUGAAGUUCCGGGGUUUUACCAGCCGGCGGUUAACGUGACGGACGUCCACGUUGAGCUGAAGAGAUCCGAUAUUUUGCUGAGUAACGCCGUUAAAUCGUCACUCCUAUACCAGCAAAGACAACGGCAACUAAACUUCAAGCUGAAUAUCAAAUCUCCCGUCAAGAUUAAGGUUGGGGCCGUUAAGACGUGGGAAGUUACGGUUAAGGUUAACUGUGACCUAGCGGUGAAUGCGUUGAACGAUAAAUCCAACUUACUUUCAAAGAGUUGUAGUUACAGUGUGAAGCUGUGGUAAAAAAACCGUUUCGAUAUUUUUUCUUUGCUUAUAAAAUUAAAUUAAUUUUUUGUUUUCACUAGAUAAAUACAAAUAUGAACAGAAAAUACACAUGAUCAAAAAAAAAAAACAGAAAAUACACUAUUACAGUUUUACCAUAGAAAAAAAAUGACGUUGUAUAUGUAUUACUCCUUAAAAUAUACUUCGUACAAAGAGAAUUUUUUUAUACAAAGAGAAAAUUUUAAAACAUGUAUCGUGGUCUUAGAUUUGGAGGUCAGAUGUAGAAUUGUAGAUUUUUGACCUUUUGUCCUUUUUAUAAAUCAUACUCAUUCUUUGCAGUAAUUAAUUAUUACUGAUCCUAAAAUGCAAGGAGAUACUUCACGUAUUAUUUUAGGUGUCACUAGGGGUGUGCACGGGUCGGGUUCGGGCGGGUCGGGUUUGCAAACCCUAAACCCGUUCGGGUUUUUUAAUUUAAAUAUUAGGCCCGACCCUUUAAUAUUUCAAAUCGGGUAUUUCGGAUAUUUUUAAGUCGGAUAUUAUCGGAUAUCGGGUCGGGUUUCGGAUAUUUCGGUUAUAUUAAAAAAAUUAUAAUUGGAUAAUUAAAGUGUUUAAAUGCCACUUUGACAAAAAUUGUACACACUAGUGCACUAAACUUCCAAAUUACACAAAUAAUUUAACACAAAUUGCACAAAUAAUUACACAAAUAAUUGAACAAAAUUAAUAAUUUAACAUAUUCAAAGUACACACUACAUAAUUUAAUAUAUUUUGGAUAUUUUGGUUAUAGCAAAACACAUUAUAAUUGGAUAGUUAAAGUGUUGGAAUGCCACUUUAACAAAAAUUGUACACAAUAGUUCACUUCACAUCCAAUUUACACAAAUAAUUUAAUAUAAAUUGCACAAAUAAUUACACAAAUAAUUGAACACAAGUAUUAAUUUAAAUAUUCAAAGUACA